CUCACACUCAGUUCUCGCUUGAAUGCUCAGGGUUCGGCAGAGUGCAGUGCCUUGAGAAUCUCUUGUAGGCUACCCUGUUUUUCAAAUAAAAACGGUUUCCAUUGAGACCUAAAAGCUCGUUUUAACCAUUUCUCUACAACAUUCAAGGGUUGAAUAACUCUUUAUUACUCUCAAAGAGAGUGUUAGCUUCGAGGCGUUGACUCUGUGAGUGCACAUUUAUUUCGUCCAGCAAAAUGGCAAAAGAUGAUAAGAAGAGCGGGUGGAAAGAGUUCUUCUGGAACCCGAGGACGCGCGAGUUCUGCGGGAGGACCGCGAGUAGUUGGGGUCUGAUCCUGCUGUUUUAUCUGGCAUUCUACAUUUUCCUGGCUGGAUUAUUUACUCUCACCAUGUACGUAAUGCUACAGACACUCGACGACCACAAGCCAACAUACCAAGAUAGACUUUCAACUCCAGGGAUGAUGAUCAGACCUAAAGGAGAGCAGUUGGAGAUCGAUUACACAGUGGAGUACACAGAGACCUGGGAAAGAUAUGUCCAGGCCCUCAAUAACUUCCUCUCUCCCUACAAUGACUCAGUCCAGGCCCAGAAGAAUUACGAGUGUAAACCGGAUCAGUACUUCAUCCAGGAGGACAGCGGCAGUUUGAAAAACUUCCCCAAACGUUCCUGCCAGUUCAAACGCUCCAUAUUGGAGGAUUGCUCUGGGCUCACAGACCGUUAUUAUGGUUACAGUGAGGGCAAGCCCUGCGUCAUCAUCAAGCUCAACCGUGUGAUCAAUUUUCUACCUUCUUCAAACAGGAACCCUCCUUACGUCACAUGUGCUGCUAAGAAAUACAAAGUUGGGAAAGACGAGUGGGCGGAUGACUCAGACAAAAUUGGUGAACUGAUGUACUUUCCCCCCAAUGGCACCUUCAAUCUUAUGUACUAUCCAUACUAUGGCAAGAAAUCCCAGGUAAACUACUCUCAGCCUCUAGUGGCCAUUAAGUUCCUCAACAUCACCAUGAAUGAGGAUGUCAACGUGGAGUGCAGAAUCAACGCUGACAACAUUAAAGUGGGCAGUGAGCGAGACAAGUUUGCUGGGCGCAUUUCCUUCAAACUGAGGAUCAACUCCAGAUUUUAAAUAGAUGAAAGUGUGUUCCUUUAUUUCACACACACACACACACACACACACACACACACACACACACACACACACACACACACACACACACACACACACACACACACACACACACACACACACACACACAGACAGACACACAGAGAGAGAGAGAGAGAGAGAGAGAGAGAGAGUGUAUGAUUAUGCACAGAAGGCACAGCUAGAGACAUAAGCCAGGCACAUCAAUCUUCAGCACAGGCAGAUCAGAGAAUAAUACUUCAAAAUUUCAAAGCAAUGUAUUUUUUUUUUCAUUUGAUCCUGUUGUGAGGUUGUAGAGAGUUAUCAAGGUUGUGGCUUUGUGUGUAUUAAUGUGUGUACAUCUGUGUGUGCGUGUGUUUGCAUGUGUGAAUUGAGAUAUUACAGUCUUUAUUUUCUGAAACAAAAGUUAAACCGCAUGCUCAGCUAUGAGAGCUAUUUAGUAAAUAAUACAUUAUUCUAUUAAACAAUAUUAAGAAUAAAGGGACAUCAUUUUUUAAAAGGAGAAAAAGUCAGAACUUAAAAAAUGCUGUUUUUCUUCCAUUAGUAGCUGUAAUAAUUUAUCAGAAAA